AUGUUUGAAUGGACACUUUUUGAUCCAAAUCCAGUUGACUGCUUUUUUAAAGGUGUUGUAGGUGCAUGUGGAAUAUCAGUGCUGUGCAGUCUUAUGAGAGUUUAUUACUUCUUGCAACAUGCAGAGGUCAUCCUCAUCAGACAGUUCUCUGAAAAACCAAUGGAGAUCAACUCUUCAGUUCUGGUUCUGACGGUCCUCCUGUCUCUGAUGGGAGCCAGGGUUUCCUCUUUGAUAGUACUGGAGUUUUCUCUCAGGGCCAUUUCUGCUUGGGCAUCAGCAUCAAUGGAUCCCAAUGUCAGAGGCCUGGAGCUGCUCCUGGUCCAAUGCCAGUUCUCCCUGGGUUGUAGCCUCACCUGUACUCUGGACUUCCUCCCAGGGGCUCCACACAGCUCCUUCAGCUUGUUUUUGGCAGCUGCUCUCAGCUGGGUACUGGCAAACUUCUUCCACAGUCUGUGGAGCCAUGUGGCCAGACUCUACCCACUACACAGCACAGAGCGUUACUGUGGGAAGUGCAUCACCCUCCUGACCUCAGGACAUGCUAUUCUGGCAUCACUGCAAAGAGUGGUUGUCUUGGCUUUUGCUGUAGCAACUGUGGCUUCCACUGCCACGGUUUAUGACCACUUCCUGUCCCAGAAGGAUGCCCUAAAGUUCUGGACUCCACUCACACUUUGCUACACAAUGUUGGUGGCCUAUAUUCAAGAGGAUCAGCAUCGACAGACCGGUACAGAGGCCCUGCUGCACAUUGUUGUGGUGCGACUCGGAGCCUUACUGGUGCUCAUGCUCACAGUGGGCGAUUGGUCUGAUGUCCUGCAGAUCCUUAUUGCUUUCCUGGCAGAAGCAGUUUGUUUGCUUCCUUCUCAAGAUCUGCUGCAGGCUGCGUUAAAGGAAGAAGAAGCUACAACCCAGAGUAAAUAUGAACGGCGGUCAAAACCUAAUCCAACAAGGAAAUUAAAAAUAUCAUCAGAUGACAGUUAAUGCUGUGUUUCAACUCUACCGCAAAUACCAGCCACUAAAUCCUAUGUAAAGAUAUACU